ACGGAGGAGACUACGGCGGAGGCGGCCACGGCUACUACUAACUUUUCAAGUUAAUUUCAUGGAAUCAAGUUUAGAUCAUGGAAUCAAGUUAAACCUGGAAUCAAGUUAAUUGGAAUCACGUUAGACCUGGAAUCCCGUCAUAUGGAAUCAAGUUAUUACCUGGAAUCCCGUUGCGUGGAAUCUAGUUAGUCUCUGGAAUCAAGUUGAAUGGACUCAAGUAAACCGCCACAACUUCAUCCCCAUCAAUCCUUCACCUCGCAAUGCCUCACCUUGGAAGAAUCUGCUGCGCUUUUUGUGUUUUGUGACUGCCAUACCCUCGGGCCUAAAGUUCUCCGUUAUUUUUUUUGCAAACGCGGCCACGUUUAGGUUUACCAAAGGUGCCUGGCUGUUCUUCCUCUGGUCGAUAGAGAUGCAUGUGGUGAAUAAUGUUAGAGCUAAGCUUCGCGCGCCCGUCUUGUUUUACGGCUCUCCAUCGAAAGUUGUCGGGGUUUUCGCCUUCCGAAGUUCCCGGGAUUCAGUCCAUUUGUUUCUCCUUCCUUCGCAAUGUGUGUGUCUCUGGGGAUUUCCUUUUCGUUUCGCCUUCCCUCGGAAGAUCCAUCCGUCCCUCUUGGAGUUCCAUGCCCGUUUCGGCUUCUCUCGGAAGACUCAUUGCUCUCGGGAUUCCGCUUCCAUUUCGCCUUCCUGGGGAUGGUGUCAGUCUCGGGGGAUUCCGUUUCGGCUUCCUGCGGACGGUGUCUCAGGGGACUCCAUUUCGCCCUGCUGUGGAAGGUGUCUCGGGGGGCUCCAUUUCGCCUUCCUUGUCCUUCGGCAGGUCUCUCCGGGGAUUCUAUUUCGCCUCUUUCGGAAGGCGUCUUUGGGGAUUGGCAGGGCUCUCCUCUCUGGGAGUUCCAUCUUGUUGUGUUCCCGAUGUCCGGGGUUUCCGCCUGCAGCACUAAGGAGCCGAAGCUUUACCUCACGUGUUUGGCAUUUGCCAACUUCGGCCCCUUCGCCUUGGGGAGAUCCCGCGUUUUUACCUUCGGAAGCGCCGAAGCUUUCACCUUCGGAGGCUCCGAAUCUUCUUUGGCUUCGGCAGCCCCGGGUGUCUCGCCUUCGGAAGCUCUGGCGGGUCUCUCCCUGGCGUAAGGUCCGCAGCUUGAUUGCCUCUCGGGAGUGUCGGAGUUGUUUAUUUCCUGGCUGGCGCGAAGCUUUCGCCAUCGCCUCCGGAUUGAAUGGCCUGAGCUUAUUUACACCUCCUGCGUGCGCGACGUGGACGGUUCGGGGUUUUUCUGUGCCCGUGCUCGCCGAGGCGUUUUGGAUUCGGUUUCGGAGCGCGCAAAUUUGCCGCUGUCCGGGGCUGCGCGCGUGUACCUACAGCUUUUGCGCCGGGGGCCCCGGGUUGGUUCUUUCUUUUGUGUCCCGGGGCCUCGUCACAUCCAUGCCCCGGGGGCCCGGAACAUGGCCCGUCGGAAGGCGGGCCAGCCUUCGGUAAAGGUAGGCGGGGAGCCCGAAGCAUGGAGCUUUCCCUUCUGGGGAGACCCGGGGUUUUGUCUUCCGUGAAGCCAGGAACUGAAUUCCUCUGCCGCCUGGGUUGCAAUUUCCUUUUGGAGGAGCAGAUGCCUGCCGCUCCGGAGGUAUCUAUGAGAGCUCUCCGCGGUUGCGGAGGUAAUGGGAACUGCAGGGCGCUUUUGACGGAAACGGGAAACGGACAGGCGCAACGGGAUUCCAUGUAACGGGAUUCCAGGGAUCAACGUGAUUCCACGCAACGGGAUUCCAGGUCUCAAUUUGAUUCCAGUCAACUUGAUUCCAGGAUCCAACUUGAUUCCAGGAUCCAACCCUACGGCGGAGGCGGCCACGGCUACUACUAACUUUUUUUACGAUUUGCGCCUCGAAUUCCUUUGCGUGUCCGCUGUCGGAGGAGCGAGAAACACCUGGUGCCGAGGCUUAUUGUAUAUCUGCAUGUAUCGCAAUCGCACUACCCCUACCUGCAACUCCCUCUCCCGUCUUUCUUUUCUUUGAUUCAUUUCUGUUUUACUUUCCUCAUGAAAAUUGUUCAGUUUGUGACUUUCUAGCAGCGUCUUUCUUGAGAAAUGCAACUCGUAGUUCUCUAUUCCUCACCUUUGGGUAAGUUGUGUCUUCAAUUUGAUAAGUGAUUACUUCAGUUCAGUGUACCCCAAUCCAAAUUUACUUCUGCGUCCGGUGCUGCUUGCGGUGACGGUGCAAAGUUUUUUGAUGCAGUCGGGUAAGCAUGACAAAUUCACUCAGCCCCAAGCGCCCCACUUCUACUUCCCUCUGGGAUUUUCUACAGCAGUAUAUUUUUAUCUACUUUCCCGCAUGAAAGGGGGCCCACACCACCACCGAAAUCGUGCGUUCUGCGAAUUGAACAUGAAAUACGUGCAAGUAAUCAACAGGCGCGUUCCCCCGCGCAAAUGAU